ACCACCUCUUGUCCCAAACUUAGCGGGACGGAGGAAGUAGUUUCAAACAGGCAAACACCCCUCUGAGGUAUGCUUCCGAAAAUCUAAUUUUUAGGAAAAUACUCCGCAUAUGACAUUUUUUCUUCAUGGAAUACUUCGUAGUUCAGUGAGGUGAAUGCUAAAGAGCGAAGGUGUGAAGUGAAGAAUCAAUGCGAUGACAACAACGCUCACAAGCUCCAUCUUUUGCAGCCCAAUAAACCUGAGGUUCCGGUUGAAUCACCACACGAUCUGCCCAUUGAAGCAAAAAAUUCAGGUGAUUAGAAUUUCGAAGAGAAACUUCGGCGGAUUGAUAAUUAGGUGCACCAGCGGCAGUAAUGGUGGUGGGAACACCGGAGACGGGAAGUUGGAAAAGGACAACUCUUCCAGCACUGCUACAGCCACGACUACCACCGUAGCUUCUGACGGCACCGCUGAGGACAGGAGCGGCCCAGGCGGUGCUACGGAUUCCGAUAAUUCUCUAGCGUCUGUUUCUUCAAGACAGCCAACACUUGCUGGAUCACCUUAUAAUAAUUUCCAGCUAGAUUCUUUCAAAUUGAUGGAACUUCUUGGACCUGAGAAAGUUGAUCCUUCUGAUGUUAAGGUGAUUAAAGAGAAACUUUUUGGCUAUUCCACUUUCUGGGUGACAAGAGAGGAACCAUUUGGAGAUCUGGGAGAGGGUACUCUUUUCAUUGGAAAUCUUAGGGGAAAGAGGGAGGACGUGUUUGCCAAACUUCAGAGUCAGCUAUUUGAAAUUAUGGGUGAUAAGUACAACUUAUUCAUGGUGGAAGAACCUAAUUCUGAAGGACUAGAUCCACGUGGUGGGCCUAGAGUCAGCUUUGGAAUGCUGCGUAGAGAGGUUUCUGAGCCCGGCCAAACUACUUUAUGGCAGUAUGUAAUUGCUGUUAUAUUGUUUCUUCUAACAAUUGGAUCUUCUGUGGAACUAGGAAUUGCAUCUCAGAUUAAUCGCCUUUCUCCCGAGAUAGUUAAGUAUUUUACUGAUCCAAAUGCCACUGAGCCACCAGAUAUGGAGCUUUUAAUACCUUUCAUUGGUUCUGCUUUGCCCCUGGCUUAUGGUAUCCUGGGAGUGCAGUUAUUUCAUGAAUUUGGGCAUCUUCUGGUUGCCUUACCAAGAAAAGUGAAACUGAGCAUUCCAUAUUUUAUUCCAAAUAUCACGCUCGGGAGCUUCGGAGCGAUCACUCAGUUCAAGUCUAUUAUUCCUGACCGAAAAGCAAAGGUUGACAUUUCCAUAGCUGGCCCAAUUGCUGGUGCUGCAUUGUCCUCUGCCAUGUUUGCCAUUGGGCUAUUACUUUCUUCAAGCCCAAAUGCUUCAGGAGACUUGGUUCAGGUUCCUAGCACACUUUUCCAGGGGUCCUUGCUUCUUGGGCUUGUCAGUAGAGCUACUCUUGGUUAUUCAGAACUCCAUGCAACUUCAGUUUCAAUCCAUCCUUUUGUGAUUGCUGGAUGGUGUGGCUUAACUACAUCAGCUUUCAAUAUGCUUCCGGUUGGGUCUCUUGAUGGUGGGAGAGCUGUGCAGGGUGCUUUUGGAAAAAAUGCAUUGAUUGCCUUUGGUCUGGCAAGCUAUACAAUGUUGGGACUAGGAGUGCUUGGUGGACCAUUGUCACUACCAUGGGGAUUAUACGUGCUAAUAUGCCAGAGGACACCAGAGAAGCCUUGCUUGAAUGAUGUGACAGAGGUUGGGACCUGGAGAAAAACACUUCUUUCUGUUGCUGUAAUUCUUGGAGUGUUGAUUCUUCUUCCGGUAUGGGAUGAGCUUGCCGAGGAGUUGGGCAUUGGUCUUAUAUCAAGCUUUUGAGUGUAAGGUGGGGAUCCUUUGCGGCACUGAAGUGAUGAUGAUGACUUGAGUGAUCAUUCUAUGCAAGACUUGAUCAUCUAAAUGUGUACAUACCAGAUGCCCCCACCUCCUCUCCAUAUUUUGUUUCAAAAUCUGGUAUGGAAUGAGCAGGAACCUGACUGGGAUCGAAACCAGAGCUGGUAUUAUAAUGCAGCUUGGCGAUUUUGGUUACAGCCUUUGCAUGAUCUGGACCAAUCUGUCCGAAGUCAUACUAUAUCCAUUAUGAGAAAGAAAAUUAGACUUAACCAUGCUAGAUGUUUGGUUAUAUCAAUAGGUAUAUACGUAAUCUAUCUCAGAAAACUGUACACUUAAAUGAGUUUGGGACUUUAGGUCCAUUCGUAUGAAUAUAAAUGGUUUUUGCAAAAAGGCUCUUAAAAUAUACCUAGCUGUUGUCUAGUGUGCACAUGAGAAACAAUAAGAUCAUAUUACAUAUCUGUUACAAAAUGAUAGUCAUUCAUAAUCUUCUUCGUGUGAUCAUGAUGAUCGAGUUCGUAGUGAGAUAGUUACACUAACAUAGGCACAACACACUCGUGUGGCAGAAAGAAGGUUUCUAGUCCUUUACCGUUUCGAACUGUGUACUCAAUCACACUAUGAUUUCUGCUUCCGUACAAGACUUGGAAACCAUUUACUAUAUAUUGUAACUUACUGUUUCAAACUGUGGACUCGAUCAACUAUGAUUUCUGCUUCCGUACAAGACUUGGAAACCAUUUAUACUAGCAAUGUGAUCUAUAAUUCUUGCAACAUUGUAUUUUUU